GCGCGGGCUCUGCGAACAUCUGACCGUAGGAACGAAACUUAGUGUCGAAAUACAAAACGAAAGAUUAGCUUUAAGGAACGGCACUCGGUGCUGAAAGCCCGGAUAUCUUGAGAAAUACCCUCGAAAUCACUGAUCAAAGGCCAUGGAGUACAACAGUGUGCUGCGCUCGAAUUUCUCGCGCAACGAGUAUCGACGAUAUAUAUCCUAUGAACGGCAGUCGUUGGCAUCACAAUAUGAGCCGGGAGGCUACUCCGCGCUGCAGACACCGACGCCUUCCAAUCGCAACUCCGCCAACAUGACCCAGCGGGACGGCAUCAUCAAGUUCGAGAACGAGCGGAUAAAAACGCUGCAAGAGGAGCGCUUGCACAUUCAGAAAAAGACAUUCACAAAAUGGAUGAACUCCUUUCUGAUCAAGGCCAAAAUGGAGGUCGAAGACCUAUUCACAGACCUGGCCGAUGGCAUCAAACUGCUGAAGCUGCUGGAGAUCAUAUCGUCGGAGAAACUGGGCAAGCCGAACAGCGGACGCAUGCGCGUCCAUAAAAUCGAAAAUGUCAACAAGAGUCUGGCAUUCUUGCACACCAAGGUCCGUCUGGAGUCCAUUGGUGCUGAGGACAUCGUCGAUGGCAACCCCCGUCUCAUCCUCGGUCUGAUCUGGACCAUCAUUCUGCGGUUUCAGAUUCAGGAAAUUGAAAUCGAUGUGGAUGAGGAGAACGAGUCCAGCGAGAAGCGUUCCGCCAAAGAUGCACUGCUCCUGUGGUGCCAGCGCAAGACGCAUGGCUAUCCGGGCGUCAACAUCACGGACUUCACCAACUCCUGGCGUUCCGGCUUGGGCUUCAAUGCGCUCAUCCACUCACACCGUCCCGAUCUGUUUGAGUACAGUACGAUUGUCAAUUCGAAGAACUCCAACCUGGACAACCUUAACCAUGCCUUUGACACGGCCGCCAACGAAUUGGGCAUUCCCAGCCUGCUCGAUGCGGAAGACAUUGACUCGGCCCGUCCCGAUGAGAAGUCGAUCUUGACCUAUGUGGCCUCCUACUAUCACACCUUUGCACGCAUGAAGAACGAACAGAAGAGCGGCAAGCGCAUAGCAAAUAUUGUUGGGCAGCUAAUGGACGCAGAUCGCAAGAAGGUGCAGUACGAGGGUCUGACCACAAACCUGCUGAGCUGGAUCCGCCAGAAGACGCUGGAGCUGGAGCAACGCGACCUGCCCAACUCGCUGGAGGGCAUCCAGCGAGAACUGCUGGCCUUCAAGGAGUACCGCACCAUUGAGAAGCCACCCAAAUAUAAGGAGCGCAGUGAGAUCGAGGCCUUGUACUUCACUAUCAACACUCUGCUAAAGGCUUUGAAUCAGCCGCCGUAUAAUCCCCAGGACGGCCAGCUGGUGAAUGACAUAGAGAAAGCCUGGCAGAUCCUUGAGUAUGCCGAACAUCAUCGCGAAGUCGCUUUGCGUGACGAACUCCUUCGACAGGAGAAACUGGAGCAGCUGAACUACAAGUUCGAGAAGAAGUCGGUUCUGCGUGAGGGUUAUCUCAAAGAGAUGAUCCAAGUGCUGUCCGAUCCACGAUACCUGCGCCAAGUGGAUGCCACGCUGAAGAAGCAUGAAGCAAUCUCUGCAGAUAUCCUGGCGCGUGUGGAACGAUUCAAUGACUUGACCGCCAUGGCCGAGGAGUUGGACAGGGAAAACUACCAUGGCAAGGAGCGAGUGCGUCGCCGAGAGCAGGAGGUAAUGGCAAAGUGGCGCCAAUUGCUGGAACUGCUGGAAAACCAACGCCUCAACCUCUCCCAGAUGAGCAACCUGAUGAACCUGCUCCGCGAAAUUGCCAGCACCACAGAAGCAGUGCGGGAACUGCAGCAACAGUUCGCCUCCGAGGAUGUGGGUCCCCAUCUCUUGGGAGUGGAAGAACUACUGCAGGCGCACUCGCUGCAGGAACUCCAGGUUAACACCUACGGAGAGACUCUCAAGCGCUUCAAUCGCCAAGCACUGCCCUACAAGAGCUCCGAGCACAAGGACGCCGCUCUGCUGGCUCAACGCCUUGCGGAUUUGGAAGAGGCGUACUCGGAACUGUUGCGACGUUCGGCGGCGAGAAGAGCCCGCCUGGAGGAGGCUCGAAACUUCCACCACUUCAUGGAGGAUUACGACAACGAGGAGUCCUGGCUGGUCGACAAGCAACGUAUCUGCAAAACUGGCAUCACCGCCAAGGAUCUGCGAGCAGUUCUUUCACUACAGCAAAAACACAAGGCUUUGGAGGAUGAAAUCAAGUCACGAAAACCGAAAUCAGGUCAGAUGUCGACCGCAGGCAAGAGGCUGAUUGGCGAGCAGCACCCUAGGUCCUCGGAAAUCCAGAGCAGAAUUGAUUCCCUGGCGGAACACUGGCAGGCCUUAGAGGCACUAGUGGAGCUGCGCCGUCGCCAGUUGGAAGAUGCUGGCGAGGCCUACCAAUUUUACACCGAUGCCAAUGAAGCCGAAUCAUGGCUGAACGAGAAGAUGGCUUUGGUCAACUCCCGGGACUAUGGCAACGAUGAGCCAUCUGCUCAGGCUUUGCUUCAGCGUCACCGCGAUCUCCAGGGUGAACUCAAUGCCUAUUCCGGAGAUAUCCUUAAUCUUAACCAGCAGGCGGAUAAGCUGAUCAAGGCUGGCAUUUGCACCCUAGAACUUUCCGCCGCAGAGCCAGAAUUGCCCGAAGUGGAACAGGAGGAGUGGGUGAACGAGACCCGCCUGGUGCCCAAGGAAGUUUGGGAGGACGAGUGGGUGGAGAAGCUGGAGCACAAGAAGGUGACGGAGACAAAGAUGUUGCCACAUGUCAAAUCUCUGUUUCCCUUCGAAGGACAGGGAAUGAAGAUGGACAAGGGCGAGGUUAUGCUGCUGAAAUCCAAGACCAACGACGACUGGUGGUGUGUGCGCAAGGAUAAUGGAGUGGAAGGAUUCGUGCCCGCCAACUAUGUUCGUGAGGUAGAGCCGCGCCCAGUGGCAUGCAUUGUACCGAAAGCUGAAAAGGUCAAGUCCCUGCAGAAGGUGAAGAAAACCAUACUGGUCAGACAGGUGGUACCCGUGAAGAGAAUUAAACCUGUGAGCGUAGCUCCCAAGCCCUUGGUCCAGAGGAGAACCUCUACCCAAAGCAUCAAUGAGAACGCAGAUAGCGUGGAGAAACGGCAGCAGAGAAUAAACCAGACAUACGACGAGCUGCAGGAAAUGGCCCAGAAACGCCAUGCCCUCCUGGAGGAUUCCAUUCACCUGUUUGGCUUCUAUCGCGAAUGCGACGACUUUGAGAAGUGGAUGAAGGAAAAGGAACGCAUGAUCAAGUCGGACGAUGGCGAGGGUGUGGACAAUGCCAAGCGGAAGUUCGAGAAGUUUAUCACAGAUCUCUCGGCAGCAUCGAAAAGGGUUGAGGAGAUCGAUGGCGCUGUGGACACCUUCCGUCGACAGGGUCACUCGCAGCUGGACAAGAUCAUCGCCCGCCAGCGGCAGAUCCACCAGAUUUGGCAGCGUCUAAAUAAUGCCAAGGCCCAACGUGAAAAGAGUUUAGAAGGAGCCUCUAGUGUGGAACUAUUUAACCGCACCUGCGACGAAGCCAAGGUUUGGAUGAGCGAGAAGAUGUUGCAGCUGGACACCGCUGUUAUCACUCCCGAUCUACGCACGGUUCAAGCCUUGCAGAGGCGCCAUCAGAACCUGGAAAGGGAGUUGGCUCCCGUGGAGGACAAGGUUAAUCGGGUGACCUACUUGGGCAACUCGGUAAAGAACGCCUAUCCUGCUGAGAAAGACAAUGUGAAUGCCCGCCAACAGGAGGUGCAGGAUAUGUGGCAGCAGGUGCAACAGCGUGGUAGUGAUCUUCGCAACCGCAUCGAAAGCGAGGUGGGUCAGCAGGUCUUUAACAACAGUGCUAAGGUCCUUCUAGCCUGGAUCGACUCCGUCAAGGAUCAACUGAAUGCCGACGAGUCCGCUCGUGAUGUGGAAACUGCAAACAACCUGCUGAAGAAGCACAACGAUCUGGGCGAUGAUAUCCGUGCCCAUGACACCGAAUUCGUGGAGGUAAUUCAAUUGGGCAAACAGUUGUCCGAUGGCAAACCCAACAUGGCAGAGACGGUGGCUGUGAUUGAACGCCUGAAGGCCGAACAAGAUGCCAUUCAUCGCGGCUGGGCCGAGAAGCAGAAGUGGCUGCUGCAGUGUGUCGAUCUACAAAUGUUCAACCGUGAGGCAGAUAAGAUCGAUGCCACCACCAAGAGCCACGAGGCCUUCCUCGAGUAUAACAACCUGGGGGCCUCUUUGGAUGAAGUGGAGGCCAUUCUUAAGCGUCAUCUAGACUUUGAGAAGAGCCUAAUGGCUCAGGACAAGAUCCUUAAAGGCUUCUCAGAUAAUGCAGACAAGCUGAUUUCUAACGAUCACUACGAUUCCAAAUAUAUCGGAGAUCGCCGAAAUCAGGUGCUGGGUAAGCGCAAGGCAGUUAAGGAUCGUGCUUUUGAGCGCAAACGCCUUCUCCAAGCUUCCAAGGAUUUCCACAAGUUUGCCGCCGAGGCUGAUGACCUCAAAGUGUGGCUCCAGGAUAAGACGAGGAUUGCAGGCGAUGAGAACUACCGCGAUCUAAGCAAUCUUCCUCGCAAGUUACAGAAGCAUCAGGCUUUUGAGAGGGAACUUCGCGCCAACGAGGGUCAGCUAAGGAAUGUUACUAAGGACGGACAGGCCCUGGUCCAAGCUGGAAAUCGAGUGCCUGAGGUGGAAUCCCGGGUGGCCGAUCUCAACAAGCGGUGGAAGGAUCUACUCACCCUGUCCGAGGAUAAGGGUCGCAAGCUGGAACAGGCCGCAUCUCAGCGAGAACAUAACCGUUCCCUCGAGGAUGCCAAGAAGAAGGUUGAUGAACUCGACGCUGCUCUGCGAAGUGGAGAUGUAGGCAACGAUUUGCGCAGCUGCAAGGACCUGAUCAACAAGCAGCAAAUCCUCGAGUCGGAAAUCACCAUCUGGGAUCAGAAGGUAGCGGAACUGGUUUCAACUGGCGACGACAUGGCCCACGGGGGUCACUUCAAUGCCCAGAAUAUAGAGGCCGGAACCAAGGAGCUGCAGCAGCGAUUCAAGGAUCUGCGUGAUCCUACCCAGCGUAGGAGAGCCAAGUUGGAAGAGAGCCUGAAUUACCACAAGUUUGUUUUCGAACUGGAUUCGGAGUUCCAGUGGAUCAACGAACACCUGCCGGCAGCAAAGUCCAAUGAAUUGGGUCAGAAUCUGCACCAAGCCCAAUCCCUGCACAAGAAGCACAAGAAGUUGGAGGCGGAGAUCAAGGGCCAUCAGCCAAUGAUAAAUAAGGCUCUGGUGGCGGGACAAUCUCUGAUCUCGCAACAGCAUCCGGAGCGAGAGCAAGUGGAGAGCCUGUGCCAGCAAUUGGAGCAGGCAUGGCAGGAUCUGGAGCGCCAUUGUGGCGAACGGUCCCGCAAACUCGACAUGUCCCUCAAGGCUCAACAGUAUCUGUUCGACGCUGGCGAGAUCGAGUCCUGGCUAGGUGAGCGUAACAACGUCUUGCGGUCUACGGAAUAUGGCCGUGAUCGCGAUUCCGCGGCCAAGUUACUCACCAAGCACAAGACCAUCGAGCUGGAGCUGGACACCUACUCAGGAAUUGUAACCGAAAUGGGACACAGCUGUGCUGCAAUGGUAGCCGCCAAUCAUCCGGACAGCAAAGUUCUGGCCGCCAAGCAGCAGCUCAUUGAGAAGAUGUUGAAAUCCCUGCACAAACUGGCCUCCCAGCGGCAGGGUCGCCUGAUGGAGAGCCUCUACAAGCACGAAUACUUCCUGGAAUCGGACGAAGUAGAGCAAUGGAUCCGGGAGCAGGAGCAGGCCGCCUCCUCAGAGGACUACGGUCAGGACUUCGAGCACUUGCAGCUGUUACAGAACAAAUUCGAUGACCUUAAACACCGCGUAGAAGUCGGAGCAGAUCGAGUGGAUCAGUGUGAGCUGUUGGCCAAGAAGUUAAUCGAUUCAGAGAGCCCCUAUGCCAAUGAGGUUGAGAAGCGACAGGAACAACUUAGAACGUCCUGGGAGAACCUUCUCCAGUUGCUUAACCAGCGUGAGCAGAAGCUUCAUGCCGCUGGCGAAAUCCACCGCUUCCAUCGGGACGUCGCAGAAGCCCUGUUCCGCAUCCAAGACAAGAAUGCUGCACUUUCCCAAGAACUAGGCAGAGAUUUGAACUCCGCUCUAGCACUGCUACGCAAGCAUGAGGGCUUUGAAAACGACCUUGUGGCUCUCGAGGCACAGCUACAAGUCCUAGUGGAGGAUUCUGUCCGCUUGCAAGCCAAGUAUCCAUCUAAUGCCGCUGCAAUUGCCCAACAGCAAGAUAAGGUGGUGGCCGCAUGGAAUGACCUUAAGGAACGAUCCACCGCUCGCGGAGAUCGACUGGCUGCCAGCUCAGACCUACAGACCUUCCUUACGGAUGUCAGGGAUAUAGUUUCUUGGUCUUCAAAUCUGCGAGCUGCCCUUCAAGCAGAAGAACAUGUGAGCGAUGCUGCCGGAGCAACUGCCCUGAAGAUUCAACACGAUGCCAUAUACGGAGAGAUUGAGGCCAGAGAGGAUAAGUUCCGGUACCUGAACGAAUUGAGCGACUCCAUGGUUCAAACAGGACACUAUGCCGCCGCUGAUGUGGAGGAGAAGUGUGCCGCCAUGUUGGAUGAGCGCCAGAAACUCCAUGCUGCUUGGAACAAAAAGAAGAUCAUGCUGGAGCAAAAGAUCGAUCUGUUCUGCUUCCUGCGCGAUGCCAAGCAGAUUGACAACCUUUCUAGCUCCCAACAGGCGGCUCUGAGUAGCUCAGACUUCGGCCAGACAGUAGAGGAUGUGCAGAACCAGAUCCGAAAGCACGAUGAGUUUGAGAGAUUGAUUCAAACACAGGAGGAGAAGGUGUCUCUACUUCAGGAGCACGGCCGCAAACUGAUCGAACAGCGUCACUACGACAGCGCCAAUAUACAAACGAUCCUGCAGGGAGUCCUUGCCCGCCGCCAGAAGGUCAAGGAUCUGUGUGCCGUGCGUCGCUACAAACUGGAAGAUGCUCUGCUCUAUGCCAAAUUCGUACGAGAUUGCGCCGAAGCUAAGUACUGGAUCAAUGAGAAGCAAAAGAAACUGGAAGCCGAUGCCGCCAGCUAUGCGGAGGUGACCAAUCUGGACGAGAAAAUCAAGAAGCUACAGAAGCACCAGGCCUUCCAGGCCGAGGUGGCUGCCAACCAGGGUCGCAUCCAAGAAAUUCAAGAUACAGGAGUGAUUCUUUUGAGCAAACAGCAUGAGUCCUCACCGGAAAUCAAGCGAGCCAUCGAAAUAGUCCUUGAAGCCUGGCAGGGAUUGCUGGCGGAGCUGGAGCAGCGUGGUCGAGGAUUGGAAGAGGCCCAGGACAGCCUUGAGUUUAACAGCCAGCUGGACAAGAUCGAGGCUUGGAUCCGCGACAAGGAGAUGAUGGUGCAGGCAAGUGACACUGGACGGGACUUGGAACAUUGCAAUGCACUGAUGAGGAAACUAGACGACGUUGACUCAGAUAUGAGGGUGGACGAUCAGCGCGUCAAGCACAUCAAUCAGCUGGCCGACAAACUGAUCAACCAGGCCCAAGUGCCAGCGGAUACACAAAGUGUGGAUAAGCGGCGAAAGGACUUUAACUACAACUGGCGACAGCUGCAAGGAGCACUCAAUGCUUAUCGCGCUUUGCUGGGCGGAGCCAACGAGAUUCAUGUGUUCAAUCGCGAUGUGGAUGACACGGCAGACAGAAUAGCUGAGAAGUCCCUGGCUAUGAGUUCCACCGAUACAGGCCGAGAUCUGGCUGCCGUAGAAGCCCUGAUCCGCAGGGAAGAGGCUCUUGAAAGAGACAUGUCUGCCGUUAAGCAAAAGAUUGAUCAGCACGAAACCGCUGCCAAGUUCCUGAUUAAGAAGUAUCCUGAACGUGGAGCACAACAUAUCGAGAGGAAAUUGGAGGAGCUGCACAAGUCGUGGGGAAAUCUGCAGGCCUUGUCCGUUAAGAGGCAGAGUAUCCUAAACGAAGCCUACCUGGCUCACAAGUUCGUGUCGGACGUUAAAGAACUGGAACUCUGGGUUAACGACAUGAUCAAAAAGAUGAACAACACGCAGUCACCAUCCACUAUCAACGAUUGCGAGACCCAGUUGGAGCUGCACCAGGAACGCAAGGUAGAAAUCGAGGGCAGGCAGGAGGCCUUCGCUGGUCUGAAACAACAGGGCGAGCAGUUAUCUACGAGACCCCAGCAGCAGCAGCCGGAGAAUGUGCGCAAGUAUCUCCUUGUGCUGGAAGAACUCCAUCAAACUUUGAACGAAGCCUGGAGCGAAAGGGCUCGGGAUCUAACUGAGGCCCAUCAGCUGCAGUUGUUCAAGGCUCAAGUGGAGCAGGUUGAGAUAUGGCUCGCCAACAAGGAGGCCUUCCUUAACAACGACGAUUUGGGUGAUUCCUACACGGCUGUGGAAAGGUUGCUUAAGAAGCACGAUGAAUUUGAGAAGCUGCUCCAUGCUGAUCACGUGGACACCUUGCAAAAGUUUGCCAAUAGUAUUCUAGAAGGUGAGCCCAAGGACGCAGAUCUGAUCCGGGAGAAACUGGCCUACAUCCUACGAAGGAAGCAGAAACUUCUGGAGCUGUCUGAGGAGAGAAAGCAAAGGCUGACACAGUCUCUCCAGUUGCAGGAGUUCCUGCGCAGUCUCUACGAAAUUGAUCGUUGGCUGGUGCAAAAACUGCAGGUGGCCUUGGAUGAAAACUACCGGGAACCGAGUAAUCUGCAAAGUAAGAUCCAGAAACACGCUGCCUUCGAUGCCGAGUUGUUAAGCAACUCCCCUCGCGUCCAGUCGGUAAUCCACGAAGGCGAACGCCUCAUCCGAGGCGAGCACUUUGCUAAGGAUGAGAUUGCACAACAGGUGCAACUGCUCGAGGGAGAUUGGCUCAAACUGAAGGGCGCUUCCCAGACCAAAAAGGAUAAGCUCCAGCAGGCCUACGAUGCGUUGGCCUUCAAUCGAAGUGUGGAUGAGUUCAACAACUGGAUGGACGAGGUAGAGCUGCAGUUGAGUAGCGAAGAUUACGGCAAGGAUUUGGCUGCUGUCAGCAAUUUACUAAAAAAACACGAACGCUUGGAAGCGGAUGUGGCCCAUCAUGGUGAACUGGCUGAGCAGCUAAAGCAGAAGGAUGAACAGUUCUUCCAAGCGGAGCACUUCCUGCGUCACGAAAUCCACGAAAGAGCCACCGUUAGUAUCCGUAGGUACAACACUUUGCACGAGCCCUUGGGCAUUCGAAGGGAAAACCUGGAGGACUCACUAAGUCUGCAGCAGUUCUUAAGGGAUGCCGAGGAUGAGCUCCAAUGGUUAGCGGAGAAGCAACUGGUGGCUGGUUCCCAGGAUCUAGGCACCAGUCUUUUGUCCGUUCAAGGUCUCCAAAAGAAGCACAACUCUCUGGAGGCAGAACUAACAUCGCAGGAACCUUUGAUUCAGGCACUCCUCCAAAGAGGCCAGCAGAUGAUCCGAGACAAUCACUUCGCCAGCGAGCAGUUGCAAUACAAAUCUGAGUUGCUGCAGAAACAGCUUGUCCAGUUGAGGGACUUGGCUGCCAUUAGACGUUUGCGUCUUUUGGACGCAGUGGAGAGCCAGCUGUUCUACGUUGAGGCCAAUGAGGCGGAUGCUUGGAUGCGGGAGAAGCGUCCGGUUUUGUCGAGCAGUGAUUACGGCCGGGAUGAGGUCUCAGUUCAGGGACACCAAAAGAAGUUGGAAGUCCUUCAAAGGGAACUUACCGCCUUCAAGCCGUCGAUAGAAAAGGUUGCCAAACUGGCCACUGGCUUGAUUGAGAGAAACCACUUUGACAGCUCCAACAUUGCGGAAAAGAAUGCCCAGGUGGGUCAGCAGUAUGAGGAUUUACUUCGUUUGGCUAAGGAGCGGGAGUCGAGACUUGGUGAGUGCAAAAAGCUCUUUGAGUACCUGCGAGAAACGGAGGAAUUGCACGAGUGGGUGGGUGACCAGAUGGCCGUUACCGCUAGCGAGGAUUACGGUGAAGACGUAGAGCAUGUGGAACAGCUCAUUCUGGCUUUCGAAUCCUUUGUUUCCAACUUAAAUGCCAAUGAGGCAAGGGUUGAGGCGUGCUUGGAGCGGGGCGAUCGUCUCAUCCAGGAGAACAAUCCCUACAGGAGUUCCAUUAAAUCGAAGCGCGAUGAGACAAAGCAGUUAUGGGAGGAGCUCAAGGAUCUGGUUCACGCUCGCCAAGACGCCUUAGCUGGAGCCAAACAAGUCCACGUCUACGAUCGUGUAGCGGACGAAACCAUUCAGCUAAUCAACGAAAAGGACGCCUCACUCAUCUCUGAGGACUACGGUCAGGACUUGGAAAGCAUUCAGGCCUUGGGCAGAAAGCACCAAGUGUUUGAGUCCGAGCUGGUGGGCAUCCAAGGACAGGUUGAUUCGGUUUUGGCCGAGGCCGCCAAACUGGGCGAGAUCUACCCAGAUGCCAAGGAACACAUUGAAGUCAAACGUGAUGAGACAGUGGAGGCAUGGUCGGACCUGAAGGAGAAAACCGCCGCCAGGAAGAACAAGCUCAGCCAAGCAGAGCAACUGCAGUCAUACUUUGACGAGUACCGCGAUCUGAUUGCCUGGAUCAACGAGAUGCUGGCCAAGAUCACUGCCCCUGAACUUGCCAACAGUGUGGCGGGAGCAGAGCUGCUUCUGGCCAGCACCAAGGACCACGACACGGAGAUUCGCACCAGAGACGAAACCUUUGCAAAGUUCGCCGCCAAUGGUCAGCAAUUGAUCAAGGAAAAGCACUUCCUUGCCCACGAAGUGGAGGACAAGAUCAAGGUUCUGCAAGCGCGUCACGAACUUCUAAAGCAAACUCUCAGCAAGCGACGUGAGAUUUACGAACUCAAUCUGGACACCCAAUUGUUCUUAAAGGACGCCGAAAUCCUGGAGCAAUGGAUCAGCAGUCGCGAGCCCCAACUCAAGGAUACCAAACUGGGAGAUUCCAUUCCACAGGUGGAGGAUCUGCUUCGCCGGCACGAGGACUUCGAGAAGACUGUGGCCGCCCAGGAGGAGAAAUUCCAGGCCAUUAAGAGAAUAACCCUGCUUGAACAGCUAUUCCGUCGCCAGCUGGAGCAGGAGAAAAUCAGCAAGUUGCAGGAGAAGGAGCGUUUGGAGAAGGAACGCCUGGAGCAGCUUAAGCAACGAGAGCUCCAGCGCCUGGCGGAUGAGAGGAGAAGAGCGGAGAAGCAGCACGAGCACCGCCAGAAUGCGGCGUCCCAGGAGAAGACCCCAAUCUUCUCCUCGCCGAUGGUCACUCCAGCUCAGACUAGUGGUCCACAGUCCCCGGCCUUGAGUCAAGCCCAGUUGAGGCCUCCAUUUGGAGAUGAUAACGAGCACCUGGCUCUACAGAAGAGCAGCUCCAGCGGCAUGUUCGGUGACCGACUGCGUCGCGGAUCCGCGGAUGCCAAUGUGAAGCGGGCGGAGAGCAUGAAGGUACAGCCCAAGCAGGCCAAGCGUACACCAUCGUUCACCACCAGGAGACGUGCUCAGUCCUUCAGGAAGAACCAGAAGGGUGAAGGAUUUGACCUGCCACCCGUAGAGAUUCAGGGCAGUCUGGAGCGUAAGCAUGGUUUGCAAUCUGGCGGCAAGAAGGCUCCUGUACGAUCCUGGAAGCAAUUCCACACUGUCCUCUGCGGCCAGUUGGUUUGCUUCUUUAAGGAUGAAAACGAUUUCCUGCAACAGAAGACGGCCACUGCACCCGUUAAUAUCCUUGGUGCCAAGUGCGAACGGGCUGAUGAUUACACGAAGAAGAAGUACGUGUUCAGGCUAAAACUACCCGACGGAUCGGAGUUCCUGUUCGAGGCUCCCUCGCUGGACAUCCUAAAUGACUGGGUGCGCAAGAUAUCCUUCCACGCUAGUCUGCCGCCGAACAUGCAACUGCUUAGCUACGACGAGUCCAUGAAGCAACAGUCGAGCAGUUCGCCGGACAUCAAGAUUACCAGCAGUGUGGAAUCGCCAGUUAGUUCCCGUAACUCAUCUCCCGACUCCCAGCGUCGUACUAGCGGAGCCCAGGUCCUUGACGGAUCAGCCACACCCCAAAUGGCAUUCCUUCAACGACAAAUGCAACAACAACAGCAGCAGCAGCAAUCCCAGCCCAGUUCACCCACCGGCGGAUUCGACCAGAAGCCACCGAUACCGCCCAGAGGAGCCCCCCCAGUGGCCAGCCAUCGCCAAAGCCAGGAGAAUCUAGUUGUGAUGCGCAAUCGCCAAAGUUCCAAUGACCUGCAACAAUCCGCCACUUUACCCGCCGGUUUGACUGGAGUCCAGCAAAAUGGAAACGGUAAGGACGAUAACGCGUUGUUGACGCGCAACAGCGAGGCCAGGCAAUCGGAUAAUCCGCCGCCAUUGCCAACAACGAUGCCACCGGUGGGUGGCCAGCAUCAGCAUCCCCAGCACUCCCAUUCCCAUCAGAAUCAGCAUCAGGCGCAGGUUCAGCAAAGGAUUAACGCCUUCAAUGCGGCGGCAAGUCAACAGCAUCAACCGGAUUACUAUAACAACAAUACAGCGAGGCAGCAGCCGCAGAGGAUUCCCUCCGGCAGGAUCGACUCUACGCGGAAGUUCAUCGAAAUGGAGGCGCACAACAAUAACGGCGGCACGACAAGCAGUCCCAAGAGAAGUACCAUCAACUAUUCAAGCAGCGGGGCCAGCAGCAAUGGCAACGGUAAUGUGAAGAUAGGCAGUGGAAAUUCGUCUACGACCACGAUUACCACCUCCACCACCACACACCAAGUGACCUCGAGCAGUCGCACGGUGUGGCAUCUAACCUCAUCGCCCACCUCAUCGACCAAAUCAUCAUCAACCGGCGGCUCUGGGGAGCCUAGUCAUGCCAUCAGUAAUCCAAGCUACAUGGGUCUGCAUCUGAAUAACAAUAACGAUUCAAUUGGAAUUGGACUCGGUGGUUGGGGAAAUACACGCUUUGAGAGCAACCGGCCCGUAUCCCUGCAGCCCGACUCCAUCAGCUUCUCCCGUGUUUCGGCGGAGAGUUCCAGCGAAAGCGAGGCCCAGUCGAUAUCAUCCGUCUCCGGAGUGAAGGGCAGCAAGGGAACCAAGGAGGAGCGCCGCAGCGGCAUGUUCCGCAUCUUCGGCCGCAAGGGCGACAAGGAGAAGGAGAAGGACAAGGACAAGCGCCGGUCGAGUCAAGUCCCGCCACAGUGAGAGUAUAUUCAACUUCCGGACAAUGAGAAGGAGCGCCACCGUUGCGACAGCUGAACCAGGCCGAAUUGGUUUU